AUGGGGAGCUCGAACAAAUGGCGAGAAGCGAAAUCGGCUUUGGGAUUGAACAAGUGUCUCAGUCUUCCCAAAACCCUCCAUGAUUCUUCUUCUUCUUCUUCUUCAUCGUCAUCACCAUCAUCUCCGUCCGCCGGCGACGCCGCAAGACCCUCCGGCGAAGUUUUCGGCGACCCGACCCGACCCGAAUCCUCAUCUGGGUCGGGUCCCCGCUUCUCCAAGUGUGUUUUCUCGUGGAAACUGCAGAAUACUUGCGCGGUAUGCUUAUCCGAGAUCAAACAGGGAGAAGGGCAAGCCAUCUUCACUGCAGAAUGCUCCCAUUCUUUCCAUUUCCAGUGUAUAUCGUUGAACGUGAAACACGGCAACAAGAUAUGCCCUUUAUGCAGAUCACAGUGGAAUCAACUGCCUGUAGGUGGCAGUGGAAGUACUCCUAACUCUCGAAUCAGGAUUUCCCCGUUGACUUCUCCACGAGAUGAUUCUACUUUGCCGAGCUUACAUCGAUGGCCCGGGCUUCAGAUCUUCGACGAUGAUGAUUUCUUACCUCAUGGAGAGGUAGAAACUCAGAAUCAUCAUCUGAAUGUUGAGAGCCAAGCCCUUGAUGUGAAAUUGUUUCCUGAACUCUCUGCAUUGCCGAGGUCAGCCUCUCGUGGGGAGUUUGCUGUUCUGAUCCAUCUUAAGGCCGAGGGUAGGAGCGGAAGCCAUACACGUGCUCCUCUGGAUCUGAUCACGGUUCUUGAUGUGAGUGGGAGCAUGUCGGGAAUCAAGGUCGAGCUUCUGAAACGGGCAAUGGCUUUUGUGAUUCAGAAUCUCGGGCCGGCUGAUAGGCUCUCUGUGGUGGCUUUCUCUAGCACUGCUCGUCGCCUUUUCCCUCUGAAGUUGAUGUCUGAGACGGGCAAGCAAGAAGCAAUUCAGGCUGUUUACUCUUUAGUUGCGGACGGGGGAACGAACAUUGCAGAAGGGUUGAAGAUUGGUGCUAAAGUGAUCACAGAUAGGCGAUGGAAGAACCCGGUUUCCGGGAUGAUGCUCUUGUCAGAUGGGCAAGACAAUUAUACUCUUGCUCCUGGUCGGGUCCAUAUGAGAACAGAUUACGAGUCGUUACUUCCAACUUCAUGCAGGAUUCCAAUCCACACGUUCGGGUUUGGAUCCGACCACGAUGCUGAAUUGUUGCACACGAUCUCUGAGAUCUCCAGUGGGACCUUUUCGUUCAUCGAGACAGAUAUUGUGAUUCAGGACGCCUUUGCGCAGUGUGUUGGAGGACUUCUGAGCGUCGUGGUCCAGGAACUUAGCGUCGAAAUCGGAUCCAUCCAUCCGGGUUUGCGGAUUUCAUCUGUAAGAGCUGGCAGUUACAGAACAGAUAUGGCAUCUGAUGGAAGAACUGGCAAGAUAGAUGUUGGAGAUUUGUAUGCAGAGGAAGAAAGGGACUUUCUUGUGAUUCUCGACAUCCCAAAGAACGAAUCCGAAUCAACGUCGUUGCUGAAGGUUAGAUGUGACUACAAGGAUCCGAUUUCGAAAGAGAUUAUCGGUUUCGAAGCAGGAGAAGUAAACAUCCAGAGGCCACGGGAGAUAACCAGAGAACAGAGAAUGGUGUCCAUUGAGGUGGACAGGCAGCGAAACAGGUUCAUUGUGGCAGACACUAUGUCGGAAGCUAGGGUUUUAGCAGAUCAAGGUCAUCUGGACAGGGCAGUGUCACUCCUCGGUGACCGACAGAAACAGUUAUCGGAGACAGUGUCUGCUCAGGCCGGGGAUAGUCUCUGUCAGGCCUUGUCAGCGGAGUUGCUUGCGCUACAAGAAAGGAUGAGGGACCGGAGAAUGUACGAAUCAACUGGCCGAGCCUAUGCGUUUUCGAGCAUGAGCUCGCAUUCGUCGCAGAGAGCGACUGCUCGGGGAGAUUCCACGAGUGGUUCGAGCCGAGUUCGGGCUUAUCAGACCACAAGCAUGGCUAAUAUGGUGAGACAUUCUCAAGAACUGAGACUUGCAAACCCUAACCCUAAUCUUAACACAAACCCCAGCUUGAGUCCCACUUCACACGUGCGAAGAAGGCUGCACCAAACGCUGUCGUUUCAUUCACGGCAACAGCCCAAAUGAUUCCGGUUUGGUGGAUGAAUACAGUGGUUAAGACUAAACCGGCGACAUGGUUUAUGUUAUUGAUUAUUAGCCAAAGAUUUGUUGGUAUAAUUAUCUGAAAAGGUACUUUUUACCCUGGAUUGAUGCUUUUUCUCUCUCUUUUUUUUUGUAUAAUUAUCUGAAAAUUCUUUUUUUUUU